UACAGUGAAUUUAGACAGAGUUCAUUAAGGAGCAGAACAGGUAGUGGGUGAGGCCGGCCUACAGGUCAGCUGCGUAUAUUGGAGAUCGAACCGAGGACCUUAUGGCUUGGAGUCACCAUAGCUGCACUACACUAUCCUGCUUCCUGCAACAAAACACCAAAAUCCAGUUUGUGUUGUUUUUGGAGGAAGCCAUCUUCAACACACAGAUCAAACUACUCUUUGGUUUGCAUGUUUCUCCUCCGCUCAUCCAUCCAUCCUUCACCCUCCUCUCCAGCCAUGAGGGCAGCACUUCUGAUCCAGCGCUGGUACCGCCAGUACGCAGCCCGGCUGGAGAUGAGACGCAGGUGCACCUGGAACAUCUUCCAGUCCAUCGAGUACGCAGGAGAACAGGAUCAGAUCAAGCUCUACAAUUUCUUCGGCUACCUGAUGGAACACUUCACUCCAGCCAGUAGUGAGAGAAGUCUCAUCUCUCAUAUAUUCCGCGAGAACGACGUGGUCCAUGACACGGAAUGGGAGAGGUACUUCUGCUACAAGAGCAUCGAGGUAUCCCACGGUUACCACGGGCCCCACCUCACCUUCCCCAUGACCUUCUGUGAGGCGUCCAAACUGGUGGAGGCCUUCAAGCACAAGCAGCUGCUUCAUUCCCGGUACGUCCUGCAGCUUCUCGGAGAGGCUUGGAAGCUCCUGAGAAUCCUACCCAACAUUAAUCACGUCUCCACCUGCCACUCAAAGGAGAUCACUAUAUGUGGUGACUUGCACGGGCAAUUAGAAGAUCUGUUAUUAGUAUUUUAUAAGAACGGCCUGCCUUCCUCGGAGAAGCCCUAUGUUUUCAACGGAGACUUUGUGGACCGUGGCAAGAGUUCCAUGGAGAUCCUGCUCAUUCUGUUUGCCUUCCUGCUGGUGUACCCCAACGGGGUCCACCUCAACAGGGGGAACCACGAGGACCACAUUGUUAACCUGAGAUAUGGAUUCACCAAAGAAGUGCUUGGAAAAUAUAGGGUUCACGGCAAAAAGAUCUUGAAGCUUCUGCAGAAGAUGUUCAGCUGGCUGCCCCUGGCCACGGUGAUCGAUGGCAAGGUGCUGGUGGUCCACGGGGGGAUUUCUGAUACCACGGACCUCAACGUCAUCGCCAGGAUGGAAAGACACAAAUACGUGUCCGCGCUUCGGCCGCCCAAGAGUAGUCGCCGGUCGGCCGGCGGCAACAGGAGAGCUCCCCGCUGCACCGAGAGAGGCGAGGAGAGGAACCACCACGGGACGGGGGCCCGGGCCCCGGCCCCGGGCCCCGGCUCCAGGCACGCCGCCCAACGGCGCUCCCUCCACUCCGGCUCGGCGGUGGAGGAGGAGCUGAGGCAGAGGCGGCAGCAGGCCGGUCUCAGCCAGUCCCUCCAGGAGCUGCGGAGGCUGGUGUCCUCCUCUUCCUCCUCGGACGAAGACGACGAUGACGCUGAUGACGACGACGGCUCGGACCCGCAGCCCCGGACCCCAGAACGGGACGAGUGGAAACAGAUGGUGGACCUCCUGUGGAGCGACCCCAUGGCCCAGGACGGCUGCCAACCCAACCAGGUGCGGGGCGGGGGCUGCUACUGGGGGCCCGACGUCACAGAGGAGGUGCUGGGGAAACACCACCUCCAGCUGCUCAUCCGCUCCCACGAGUGCAAGCAGGACGGCUACGAGUUCUGCCACAACCGCCGGGUGCUGACGUUAUUCUCAGCGUCCAACUACUACGAGGUGGGCAGCAACCGGGGCGCCUACGUCCGCAUGGGGCCCGACCUGGUGCCACACUUCAUCCAGUACCAGUCCAGUCAGACCUGCCGGACCCUCACCCUCAGACAGAGUAUCGGGAGAACAGAGCGGUCGGCUCUCUGCGCUCUGAGGGAGCAGCUGUUUGCCCACAAGUCAGACCUCCUCGGUGCGUUCCAGCACUACGAUCCUGACAACACGGGGUUGAUCUCUCUGAAGCACUGGGCCAGUGCCAUGGAGGAGGUGCUGAAGCUGGGUCUGCCCUGGAGGGUCCUGCGCUCACAGCUGGGCACCAGCACCCAGGACGGCAUGCUGGACUACCGGGAGUGGAUCCAGGACCUGGUCUUCAGCGAGCCCAAACAUGAGCUCUCCAAUGCCAGUAUCCUCGAGACCAUGUACAGAAACCACUCCAACCUGGAGACCAUCUUCAGGAUCAUCGACACAGACCACUCAGGAUCGCUGUCAUUCGAGGAGUUCCGGCAGACCUGGAAGCUCCUGAGCGCCCAUCUGAAGACGGAGGUGGACGAUGACGCCAUCGCCGACCUGGCCCUCAGCAUUGACUUCAACAAGGACGGCAGCAUCGACAUCAAUGAGUUCAUGGAGGCCUUUCGCCUGGUGGCCCUCGCUGUCCCCUCAUAGACUAGGGGGGCCCCCACCCCCAGUGGGGUAUUUGUAACCCUUCAUGGGCUUACAAAUACAUGUGUAAUAUAUUUUAGCAGUUAAAGCAGUUGCUUAGCUUAGUUGAAGAAUUUUAUGAACUCAAAUUAUUCUUGCACUUUUUGGAAUUGUGUCUCCAUUGUUGAAUGCACUGUAUUGUAUAAUUGUUUGUUUGUCUCUUUUGGACAAAAGCCUAAGCUACAUAAAGGAAAUGUAAGUGUAAUAACUGGGGCUGGAGGGGUCCCUCGCUCCAGGAAUAAACACUCAAUUUCAGGGGUCAUCUGCAUCAUCAUCACUUGUUUACCUACUUGCUGGAGGGAUUGUGAAUACCUAUUCUAGCAAUAAUUCAUGAUUUGUAGUUCUCUGCCCAGUGCAAAGAACUACAAAAAUUCAAAAGAGAAAAUGUGUUGAACAUAAGGUCGGGUUAGGGUACGGUUGGCUGUUUGGUAGUAGUGAGUGACCUAAGAGGAAUGGGACUUUGUUAUAAUUAUUGAGAACUUAUUCUUAAAAAACUAGAAACUAUUCAUUACAUACACUAUUAACGAUGGUCAUUAAAGGGCCUAGAAUCAAUGCCUACCGGUCUGUCUACCUACCCACCCAUGUACGCACUGCAUAAUACCGAAGCCUUAAACCAGGCUAGGUGGACAUAUUUCUAAAGUUAUGCGUUUUGAGGGAGGCCUGAAGGGAGGUAUAGGAUUACUCUGGUUGAUUUCUUCCAAUUGCUUAGCCAAAGUUUUUUAACAAUUAAAUUAUUAGCAAAGUUGUUUGGUAUAAAGAGUUCAUACAAACAUUAUGGACCCCGAUAUUGUAUAGUCUUGGAUAUGCGUCACAUGCAAGAAAUACAGCCAAAGUUUUUGAAGGAUUUUUCAUUUUAUUAAUAAAUAAAAUGAAAAAUAAAAAUCAUGGAGCUUGUCAUGUUACAACUGCAAUGAAAAACCUAUUUACAAUGAAUAACAUUUUGUUGUACAAACAAUUGCCAAAUGUCUGAAAGUAUUGUUGGUGUAACUGCAAUAUUGUUCAGACAUCUGGCCUACGUUGGGCUUUUUUCUCUAAGUAUGUGGUGUGGGUUUUAAAAACCGUACUCAGUCCGUGACUACUCUGCAUAUUAGGGACAUACCGUCUCAUAAAACUCGUUCUCACAUUCACGUCUCAAACAACUACGGAAACCAUCAUUGUAGAAUUGAGUUGUGUUUCACGUGAAGGGAGUCUCG